AUGCCUCUGCUGUUACCAAGGCGUAAAAAGGGCCGUCAAGCUCCAUCCACCGUCGCGGCCGCUUCAGCAGCAACUUCAUCUUCAACCCUCCCAUCUUCUUCUCCACCCAAAAAAUCCCGCUUCAAAAAGUUCCCUGCAACUUCUUCAACAAGAUCUACUGCUGCUACUGCUGCUACUGCUAAUGCUACUGCUAAUGCUUCUGCUACUGCUUCUCACUCUCAAACCCCGUCACCUCAAGACUCGGCAGAUGCUUUAUCAAGACCCUCCAUCUCUUUAUUGGCUUAUGACCAUCCAGAUACCCCAGUCAGCGCGUUCCAGACCCCUCCUUUGUUGUCUUCUCAAGGUGCUACUGGCAACACUCAAACAGCCUCCAGUUUCCCAUUUCCUACAGUUACAGAUUCUUCUGAACAAGUAAUCUCUCCAAUAUCGGAACACUUUUUAACAACUGGCACCUCUAAAGUCAAUGUUGAAAAUAAUGAUGUUCCUUUCCAAGCUUCUGCUGCUGCUGCUGCUGCUGCUGCUCGCCCACCUUCAAUAAUGGAACUCAAUGAAGAAGAAGACGACUUGGACAAUCAUCAUGAAAAUGGAACCCCUCAAGAACGUACCAAUCAUCAACCAUAUGAAACUCAACAACAUUCAUCCUUCAUAAUGGACCCCUUGAAAAUUAAAUCUUCUUCAAAACGAAGAAUAAAACCUCGCAUCUUUUCAGGAUCAAGAAAGUCUUCUGCUGCUUCUGCUGCUUCCGCUGCCUCUGCUACUACAGCAUCCUCUUUUUCUUUCUCUGCCUAUGCCCCUGAACCAGAACUUACCACUGUUCCACCCCCCAACCUUAUUUUACCUGUCAAUAAUACUCUUGACUCAAACGUGCCAGCAGUUCAAAAAUCAAAUACAAACCCUUCAUCAGGUGUCAGUGCUUUUGCCUCCAUUGGCGAGUCAAUAGUAAACACUUUUACUUUUGGCUCAAGUCAUGAUAAUAACAAUGCUAAUUCAACUGAUGAACUUAACACUAACCCAUCAAGUGUCCGCGCAUCCAUUGACUCAAGAGGCGAUUUAACCAUUGAUAGUCAAGCCGCCGCUACUGCUGCUCCAACAUCGGCUUCUACAACACCAACCUCCCGUUUCCCAUCUGUUUUUGGUCGCCGAUCAAGUGCUGUUCCAACAUCUGUUGCCACCACUUCUACUGCCACCACCAACACCAACACCACUUCCACCACCACCUCUUCCUUCUCCACAAAACCCUCCAAGUGGAAACUUAUUCCAAAACGUAGAGAGUCUAUCUUGGAUCUUCAUCAAAGUGCCGCUUCAACUUCAGCUACUUUGUCUUCAGCUACAGCCACUUUUAAUACCUCUACUACUCCCGCUGCAAUAAUAAACACUAAUACUCCAGCAAAUAACUUUACGGCGCUUCCACUACAUAAUGCCUCUAGUGUCUCUUUAAAUACCCACAUGCGACCUCCCCCAUCUUUACCCUUUUCUCACAGGCUUUCUGUCGAAGAUCUUCAUUCCUACUCUUCGGUCCCACGUUCCCGUCGCAGCUCUCUUAACGUCAUUCUCUCAAGCUCUCCUAAACCUCCAUCCAUGCGCUCCAUUGGUACCGACCGUGCUAGUAUUGUCUCAACAGACAAUGAAGCAGAUGACCUUCAUACUUCACAAAAUGCUCCUCAAGCUUCGUCAACAACCCCAGCAAAGCUAUUUGACAAUAUUUUCAAGGGUGACUUUAAAAACCCCUUCCAUCGGUCUUCUCAUCCAACAACACAAGACAAUGGAAACUCGUCCACUCCACCCUCUUCAUUCAAGUUUAAACCUCCAUUCAUGGACGACCAUCAUCACUCAUCAGCCUCAUCGAGUCCCAGAAAACAAGCAGCAGACAAUGGAUCGACCAUUCUUCCUCCUUCUUCCUCUGCUUUUGCCACUGUUGCUACCACUCCUCCUGCUUUGUCUAUUCCAGAAAUUACACUCUCUGAGGACCAGCAAAACAAUAAUCAACCCAUUGAUGAUCAGAACAUGUCUCCAUUGCAUGAAAAUAUGGACUCUUCCACUCUUCAGCAACAUCCAACGGCAAGCAUUGCCAAAUCCUCACAUUCUCUCUUUGCGCUGGCAGCAAAUUUUAUUUCUGAUCAUACUUCAAGUCAUACCCAAGAGACUUCCACGGCUGCAACAACUCCUAUCCCUUCAAAUACACCAAACACAACAACGGACAUUAAUGACCGCAGCAUAAACAAAGAGUCUGAAAGAAAUAGUACUUCUUUGCCUUUCCCUUCUUUGUUUCAGCCUCUUUCUACGCCGCCACCACCACCACCACUACCACCACCACCUCCUCUUCCUCCUUCUUCAUCAUCUUCUACCCCAAACUCAAUUGCAUCUACGUUAAAGGCACCACUCUCUAGAAUCCGCAGAAAAACAGUUUCCAUGCUUUUUUCUAGUGAAAGCAGCUUCCCUGUUCACAAUACCCCGGAACUACCUCGCGAACUUCCUCCAAUCACUCCAAUCACUCCUUCCAUUGACUUAUCCCACACUACUCCCCAAAGCGAUGUAGGCAGUGAUUUCCAGCACGUGCAGCAAUUCCCUGCUUCUCCACUGCCACAACCUUCUCCUAUAAAAACGGAUAAAAAUAUCGAUAGCAGGCCUUCGACUCCAAGUUUGCAAAACUCAAAGGGAAUUUUCCCGCUCCAGCGUACUCUCUCAAGCCAGUCGCCUACCCGUAAUUCCCCCCAGCGUUCUGACAACUCACCCACCGGCUCUGUUUUUAACCUUUCUUCCCGGCCCCGCAGCAGAACUCUCUCGUCUCUCGAGCAACACAGGCACUCAACCCAUUCAGGAAUCUUCUCCAGCAAGUUUAGCGAGUCUAAUUUGUCCUCAAUGGUCACAGCUAGUAACGACGGCGCUGUUACUAACAGAAGCUCUCCUUCGCCUACGUCUUCCCCUGCACUUCUCCCUGUGCCCAUAGUCCCUGAUUCUAUAGCUGCUGGCCAGAGCCUACGCAACUCACAAUCAGUCGUGGGUCUCUCUGCUCCUAACAAUGACCCUUUUAGCGUGCCUCUUCCUCCCACUGAACCAGAUGACACUCCAGCUACUUACUUGAGCAAGAUUUGCGUAUUGGGAUAUGGAAGUAACAUCACUGGUCUUUUGGCUUGUGUUGAUGAUGACUUUCAUCGCCAGGUUCUUAAACUCUACCUCAAUGGGUUCCACUUUGAAAACGACCCACUUGACAUGGCUCUACGCAAAUUUCUCAUUUCAGUUAAACUUCCUCGAGAGGCGCAGCAGAUUGACCGCGUAUUGGAAGCAUUUGCGUUCCGUUACCAUGAGUGCAACCCGGAGAUUUAUGAUCGCCCAGAAGAUGUUUACUUUUUCGUCUUCUCUCUAGUACUGCUUCAAACGGAUUAUUUUAACCCGCACAACAAGUCCAAAAUGUCCAAACCGGAUUACCUCAAAAUUAAAAAUGAGCCUGACCAUCAAAACCUUCCAGAAGAGAUUCUUGGGUAUUUUUACGAUAACAUCACUUAUACCCCCUUCAUUCACACAGAUGAAGAUAUACUUGACCCUGGCCAAGUGCCUCGUGUAACUUGGCCUCGCCGUACUACCACUUUUGGCAGAGGCUCUCGCGAACCUUUAGACCCUUAUUCUCUUUUACUCGAAGGCCGCUUGGAUUCCAUUCGUCCACGUAUUUCUCUUAAACCUGAUGAUGAUCCUUAUGAUUUCUUGUCUGUAAAGGACAAGGCUGAAAUGAUGAAGCUACGCCAGGACUUUGAAAAUGGUCCAUCGCUACAGUUUAUUUCCCAGCGUUCACGACCUGACGCAUUCAGAUCAAUCAACUCGGGAGCUGAUGACCCAAAUGUCAGCGGGCCAGGCGUGGUCGGCAUCAAAAUUGUAAAGGCUGGAUAUCUCUACAAGUGCGACGCCAAGCGCAAGAAUUGGCGUAAAUGGGGCGUCAUGCUCACUGCUUCCAAACUUUACAUUUUCAAGGAUGUUAAUUGGUUUCAUAGCAAUAUUAUGAAGGACAUGGAGUCAGCUGCUGAUUCCAUUUCGGGGAAUGUACCAACAGAGUCCAAGUUUUUGCGGCGCCCAAGAAGGGCACAAACCGAUGUGUCAGAAGCAACUGACUCAUCGCAACAAACACCCUCUUCUGCUGGAUCUUCAUCUUCUGAGCGUGCUAAUACUACCAUUAUUCCUCCAAUUGAGUUCCACCCUGCUCCUGUGAUUCGUCCCUUGGUUGAUGGCUUUAGUCCAACAAAUGUUAUUGUCACCAGUGACAUGGCUGCACUCUUUUACUCAAACGAAGAAGUCAAGCGCAGCCAUAGUUUUUUGCUAAUUGGGCGUGGUGGCUCGCGUGAGUGGUAUGCUGGAAUUGACGAGGCUGAUGCCAAUGACUGGAUGAAAAAGAUAAACUUUGCAGCAUCAUUCAGUACGUUUUUCGUGGCUGGAAUGCUUGGUCUUAAUAUGAUUCCUGUUCCUAAACGGCCUGUCAAUAGAAUGCAAUCACUUCGUCGCAACAGCGAGUCUUCUGUUUCCACAAGCACCUCAAAUAACGUUCCAUCUAUUGUGGUUCCUGGACAAACUUUUUCAACAACUGGAGCUAAUACCUCUGAUGAUGUGGAAAAUGCAAUUUCCCUAGACGCAUCUAUGGCAAAUAGCUCUAAUGAAACUAGCGACCAGGAAACUUCUGUGGAAGAAAAGGAAAAAGAAAAUAAAAGCGCUGAAGAAGCCAAGGCUGCUGCUGCUGCUGAGGCGGAUGCUGCAGCUACCAUUGAGGCCAACAAGGUCCGGCACCUUGAGCGCAAAUCUGCUGUGGAGCGUCGCCUUGAAGAUAUUACACGGCAACUUGAUAAUAAGGAAAAGCAAGUACAAGAGCAGAUUCGUACUGCGCGACAUAUUCAGAUUUUGGCACCAAUUCUUGCUAAAACUCGCGACUCUAUUUUGCAAUACGCCGGGUCGUUGGCGGCUAAACUGGACUGGAAUUUUAUGGAACGCAAAAAAUUACUGUGUUACCAAAACUUUUUCACAAUCGAUUUGGAAGUUGAAACAGACUUGUGCAGACAGCUCGGUGUGCUAUUGACUCCUACUGCCUCUGGCAUGUCUGGGUCUAUACAAUCAAAGUCUCAACACGCAUCAUCGUCUUCUUCCCCGCCAUUCCCGGCUAAUUUGGUUUCUUCUGGAGACCAUGUGCCUACAAAUGUCAUGUCUCCUGCUGCACUUUCUCCCACUGCUUCUAUGUCAUACACUAGCAAUGUGAAUCGGUCCAACUCAAGCCCAGCAUCGAGCCGCAUGCCGUCGCCACAACGUCGCAAUGCCAGCUUACCUGUCUCAUCGUCAGUCGCGCCAUUAAGCGAAACACGUGAAGACAAGAAGCUUGAGGAAGAAGGCUCCAGUGGCGAAGCAAAUGAAACCACAAGCAACUCUGAAGGCAUGACAAGCGAGGAAUCUGCAAGUUUUCAAAGCUCCGUCACAGAUGUCAGCGAUGAGCCUAAACGAGCUGGUAAUACCACACCUAGCGUGCCACAGGAAUCAGAAACAAACAAUGAAGAGGAAAAGACUGAAGAGUCUGCGUGCCACAGACACGUGCCUGAAUCGCCAACACGUUCAAUUGAUGAAUUAUCGACAAACACUCUUAAGGAAGGCCCUAGGGUAUUAUCUCCGGACCUCAAUUCAGCAAGUACUGUUGUUGGGACCGUCCCGCAAAUUGCGGCUAUGGCAUCAAGUGCAACUCCACAAACAAGUGAUGAUAGUGGACAAACACGCAUUGUCGAGGAAGAAGAACCUAAACUGUAUACAGAAGCUGCACCUGGGCUGCUUGUCACAACCACCACAUCAACGGCUUCUGCCACAGAGGGUCCAGUAAGCCGACAUACAACCGCAGAACAACCCUCACUUGCAGCGCUGGAUACUUCAAGCUUGCACACAACAAGCACUGUGGCUAGCAGUGUGUCUACAACAGUGCAUCCUCGAACCGCAGGGGGUGUUUCGGUACCACCUGGAGCCGGGCACAACCGCCGUGCGUCAUCUGUGAACUCUGUAGCCUCUUUGAUUUCAUCUUCUUCGAAAAAGACACCGAGCAAGACGCGGUCUUCGUCGUCAUCCUCUUCAUCAUUUGAAAAUUUACCAUCAAAAUCGAUUCGUGACCAUUUUUGGUCCUUUGCAUCGUCAUCAUCUCCAACAGAAACAGUACCCAAUGGUUCAGAAACAAGCCACGGAUCGCCAUCUAAGCGGUCUAUUCGCCGGUCUAUUUCUUUGUCAUUACGUGGAUCUAGCCGUCGCAAUAGUGUCAACAUGUCAAUGGCUGCAUCGUCAUCACCAUCGUCGUCGUCGUCAAAUGCCGGAACUGCUGCACCUUCAGCAGCUUCAGCAGCUUCUGUAAGUCCUACAGCUUCAUCAAAACGUAUGCUUAAGACUUUACGCGGAGACACGGCUGGAGGUUCUGGAUCGUCCCCUGUGUCACUUCCUGCUGAUGGUUUUGGAAAGACUAUGAGUACAAGAAGUUUGCGCAAGCAUUCACUUGACAAGAGCUCAUCAUCACCGGUGAGUACAAUGUCUGGCGCUGCAUCAAGUACGCCAAACAUGGUGGCAUCACCAUCUGCGUCUGCACUGGCAGCUGUGCUUUCUAGUAGUCGCGAUGGGCAGGCUGGCGAGACCCGGGGGUCUUUUGAUUAUGGACCCAACGGGGAUCGUGAUCCUCGCCGGCGCCACGAUGGUGGUCAUGCUAACCAUACUGGCGAAGGAGGCGAUAACGGCCCUGGAAAUGCUAACAACAAUGGCAACGGCCCUGGACGGUCACCCUCGCUUGUGCGCAAACAAGGUGAGAACAUUACGCUAUUGGGUAAACAGUUUCACGUUGUGGAGGUGAACCCAGAGUUUGGUGGACCGUUCAAUCAGCACCGCCGGGCUGUUUCACAAAACUUUUCAGCAGCAUCUUUAAGUACUUCUGCAUCUCCAUCUGCAUCCCCAGUUACAUCUAAUGGGACUCGAGUAGAAGCUGAAAAGAAGGAAUAA